AUGGCUUCAGUCCAAGGUACUCCACUUCCUCACCUCAUUUGCCCUUACAAUCGAUACGGAUACAUUCUUAAGAAUGGUGAUAGAGAUGUUGAUUUUGUGAUAAACGAUAAGUAUUUUUAUUUUGUCGAAGGCGACAACUCUUUCCCUGAUUACUACUUUGACCACCACCUUUACUCCCGUUAUGGGUGGAACAUGAAAUCAGCAGAUGGGUCUUUGUGUGGUGCUUGUAAAUCUGAAGGAGUCAGUCAAGCCUGUUACUUUUGCGACAAAUGUGAGGUAUCCUAUCACAAAGAAUGCGUCGAGUCUUACCCUCAAAUCACAUCUGUUUUUCACCCUAAACACUCUCUCCAGCUAGUGUAUGAUCGUUUAGGUAAGAAGAAUAUAUAUUGUUCUUAUUGUGAUGCAAGUGGUGAAGAUAAUCGUGUAAUGCUAUAUUACUAUUGUUUUACUUGUGAGUUCGGUUUAGAUCCUGUUUGCGCGCAAACUCCCUUAUCCCUCCUGUACAAUCCAAGUAGGCACGAGCAUGACCUCACCAUAUUUCCGAGAAAAGUUGAUUUGACAUGUGACCUUUGUGGGGUAUUUGGUAGCAAAUCUCUCUUGUGUGUGUGUCUUCAAUGUGACUUUAUUAUUCAUACAAGUUGCAUUUCUUUACCAUUUGUCAUAAAGAUAUCCCGUCAUGACCACCGUCUUUCUUUUACAUAUUCUCUUCUUGGAAUAUUUUCAUGUGGAGUUUGUCGUCAAAAGGUUGACGGUAACUAUGGAAAAUAUUCUUGCAUGAAAGAUUGCACUUAUGUUGUCCAUUCCAAGUGUGCAACUCGGAAAGAUGUGUGGGAUGGAAAAGAACUAAAAGGAGAACCGGAAGACGAGUAUGAAAAUCUAAAUAGUUUUGAAGUAAUAGGUGAUGGAAUUAUACAGCAUUUCAGCCAUUCACAUCACAUGAUGUUUGAAACGAAUACCACCAACAUCGUGUAUGGUGAAGAAAAGCUCUGUCAAGCAUGUGUACUUCCAUUCUAUGGUGGUGGCGUUUACAAAUGUGUGAAAUCUAAGUGUGAUUUUGUACUUCAUGAAGCAUGUGCAAAUCUUCCAAGGAAAAAACAACAUAUGGCACAUCCAUAUCCUUUUAUUCUACAAGUGAGUGAUACCGAAAAUAUUUUCUUCUGUGGAUAUUGUGAUCGUUUCUCGUUUGGUUUAAGAUAUGUGUGUAACAAAGGGAGUGAGUCUAUAAGCAUAGACCUGCGAUGUGCUGCAAUAUCUGAGCCAUUUGACCAGCAAUGCCAUCGACAUCCUUUGUUCUUAAGCAAUGAACUUGGAAAAUAUAGACAAUGUUCAAUAUGUGGAAAGUUGAAAUUUCAAACUUUGAAUUGUAUCGAAUGUGAAUUAUUUUUGUGCUUCUAUUGUGCUACACUCCCAUAUAAAGUGAGAUAUGAGCAUGAUGAGCAUUUCCUCACCCUUUCUUACAAAGAGAAUGCAAGUCUCAAUUGGUGUGAGGUUUGUGAGGAAACUUUUGAUUCAAACAAAUGGCUUUAUACAUGUCAUGAAUGUGGGACCGCCUUCCAUAUCCUAUGUUUAUUAGGAAAAUGUGCACUUUAUGUCAAGCCUGCUCAGAAUCUCCUCCUGACAGAAGGUCAAAAGAUAAAUAUAAUUCCAAACAAUGGUCUCUCUCGACCCAUCUGCAAAUAUUGUGGAAGGCGUUGCCAAGAAAAACUAAUGGUCGAACUUAAUGAUGAUGUUGAUGGAAGAAUACUACUUUGUUAUCGUCAUUUGGCAGUGGGAGUGGGCCCUGACUAG